CGCGCACUUUACCUCAGUUCGCGCUUCCGGUCCAUGAUGGCGGCACCCAUGGCAUCUCGGGCGGUCUUGAGGGGACUGCGUGGAGCCAGUGGCAGGCACUUGUUUCUGGAUAAGAGCAAGGCGGUCUGCCUGGACCCCAGACGCUGGCUCAACCUGCAGGAGUACCAGAGCAAAAAGCUGAUGCAGGAGAGUGGCGUCGCCGUCCAGCGCUUCUUUGUGGCCGACUCGUCCUCUGGUGCCCUGGAAGCCGCCAAGAAGCUGAAUGCCAAGGAGAUUGUCUUGAAGGCCCAGAUCCUGGCUGGCGGCCGUGGGAAGGGCGUGUUCGACAGCGGCCUUAGAGGGGGUGUGCACCUCACCAAGGAUCCCUUGGUGGUUGGAGAGCUGGCCAAUAAGAUGCUGGGCUUUCACCUGACCACCAAGCAGACCCCGAAGGAGGGCGUCAAGGUGAAGAUGGUUAUGGUGGCGGAGGCCCUGGACAUCAGCAGGGAGACCUACUUCGCCAUCCUGAUGGACAGGGCCUGCAAUGGGCCCGUGAUGGUGGGCAGCCCCCAGGGCGGCAUGGACAUCGAGGAGGUGGCCGCCCGCACCCCCGAGCUCAUCUUUAAGGAAGUCAUAGACAUAUAUGAAGGCGUGCGGGAUGAUCAGGCACUACGCAUGGCAGCUAAUCUGGGCUUCAAGGGACCUCUGGAGAGACAGGCCGCCGAUCAGAUCAAGAGGCUCUAUGAUCUGUUCCUGAAAGUCGACGCCACUCAAGUUGAAGUGAAUCCUCUCGGAGAGACCCCCGAGGGGCGAGUUGUCUGCUUUGACGCCAAAAUCAACUUUGACGACAAUGCGGAGUUUCGACAGAAGGACGUGUUUGCCAUGGACGACAUGACAGAGAGCGAUCCCAUUGAGACGGAGGCGGCCAGAUACGACCUGAAGUACAUCGGGUUGGACGGGAACAUCGCUUGUUUUGUGAACGGCGCUGGCCUCGCCAUGGCCACCUGCGACAUCAUAUACCUCCACGGCGGCAAGCCGGCCAACUUCCUGGACCUGGGGGGCGGCGUGAAGGAGAGCCAGGUGUACCAGGCCUUCAAGCUGCUCUCGGCCGACCCCAAGGUGGAGGCCAUCCUGGUCAACAUCUUUGGUGGCAUCGUGAACUGUGCCAUCAUCGCCAACGGUAUCACCAAGGCGUGCCGUGAGCUGGGGCUGAAGGUGCCUCUCGUCGUCAGGCUGGAGGGCACCAAUGUGCAGGAAGCCAGACGGAUCCUGAGUGAAAGUGGGCUGCCCAUCGUGAGCGCCAGUGACCUGGAUGAUGCCGCCAAAAAGGCCGUGGGCAGCAUCGGCAAGAAGUGAGCCGCCCGCGGCCCUGUGCCACCUACACCUACCUCCACGGGAACCGGCCUGUCGACGUGAAGAACGCCUCCACCCACAUCACACUACUGCCAGUGCUGACACCAUCCCCCCCCCCCCCCCCGAGGAAUUUAUUUUUGCCAUAAUGAUUAAAAAAAAACAUGAAUUUAAAUCAUAUAAGCAUUCCAGGUGUACUACUUUUCUUUCAAAAAGAUCAUUGGUAAAUGGAUAGAGUAUAAAAAAAAAAAUGCAAGCUUGUGGAAUGUGCAGCUGCGUUUUCCUGCGUGAGAAGCACUGUGGUGAGGCUUAACAGUGCGUCUUGGCAGGAGGUUAGCAUACCGCUAACGCUCUUACCCGGUGUGUGAACCUGCUCUGUCCUGCCAGCACACUGUUUUUGCCAUGAGUGAAGAAAUAAACUCUCGGUGCCUUAAAGAUUUAUGUUAAACAAACCUAAACUAAAUUACUUUCAUGAGAGACUCCUGAAUAUCAUUUUUAAAAAGCUCUCAAAUUGAUUUUUUACUAUUGUAAUUCCAGUACUUUGUCCAUAAUCUGUAUCCGUGGUCAGGUGCCUGUAUCGUCCAGGAAGAUGUGAUAAGUGCCAGAAUACUCUGCGUUUUCAUUUGGAAGCAUCUAACCGUGUUUGUUUGGAAGGUGACUUAUUAAAGUGGUGUGUUUUGUUUUCUUUUAA